UGCUAAUUUCCCUAGCAAAUAAAGCAGCAGCUGCUGGUCCAUGAACCAAGUUACCAUCAAGAACAGGGCACUGUAUGCAUGGGACAGGAUGCUUUCAUGGAGCCCUUCAGCAGCACAGUUGGGGUCUUUCAGUGCAAAAUAUACCUCCUUCUCUUAGGCACUUGCUCAGGGCUGACAGUGACGGUACCAUCACACACUGUCCAUGGCAUCAGAGGUCAGGCCCUCUACCUCCCUGUGCACUAUGGCUUCCACACUCUGGCUUCAGACAUCCAGAUCAUAUGGCUGUUUGAGAGACCUCACUCAAUGCCCAAAUAUUUACUGGGCUCUGUGAAUAAGUCUGUGGUUCCUGACCUGGAAUACCAACACAAGUUUACCAUGAUGCCACCCAAUGCAUCUCUGCUCAUCAACCCACUGCAGUUCACUGAUGAAGGCAGUUACAUCGUGAAGGUCAACAUUCAGGGAAAAGGAACGCUCUCAGCUAGUCAGAAGAUACAAGUCACCGUUGAUGAUCCUGUCACAAAACCAGUAGUGCAGAUUCAUCCUUCCUCUGGGGCAGUGGAGUAUGUGGAGAACAUGACCCUGACAUGCCUGGUGGAAGGUGGUACCCGGCUAGUUUACCAGUGGCUGAAAAAUGGGAGGCCUCUCUACACCAGCUCCACUUAUUCUUUCUCUCUUCAAAACAACACUCUUCAUAUUACUCCAGUGACUAAAGGAGACAUUGGAAAUUAUAGUUGCCUGGUGAAGAACCCUGUCAGUGAGUUGGAAAGUGACAUCAUUAUGCCCACCAUUUAUUAUGGGCCUUAUGGACUUCGAGUUGAUUCUGAUAAAGGGCUAAAAGUAGGAGAAGUGUUUACUAUUGACCUUGGAGAAGCCAUCCUUUUUGAUUGUUCUGCUGAUUCUUACCCGCCCAAUACCUACUCCUGGAUCCGAAGGGCUGACAAUACUACAUAUAUCAUUAAGCAUGGGCCUCGCUUGGAAGUUGCAUCUGAAAAAGUAACCCAGAAGACAACCAACUAUGUGUGCUGUGCUUAUAACAAUGUAACUGGACGACAAGAUGAAACUCAUUUCACAGUUAUUAUCACUUCUGUAGGACUGGAGAAGCUUGCACAAAAAGGGAAAUCAUUGUCACCUUUAGCAAGUAUAACUGGAAUAUCAGUAUUUUUGAUUGUAUCCAUGAGUCUUCUCCUCCUAUGGAAAAAAUAUCAACCCUACAAAGUUAUAAAACAGAAACUAGAAGGCAGACCAGAAACAGAAUAUAGGAAAGCUCAUACAUUUUCAGGCCAUGAAGAUGCUCUGGAUGACUUCGGAAUAUAUGAAUUUGUUGCUUUUCCAGAUGCCUCUGGUGUUCCCAGGAUGUCAAAUAGCCCUAUUCCUGCUUCUGAUGGUAUAUCAGGGCACAAUUUGCACAGUACAAUUUAUGAAGUUAUUCAGCACAUCCCUGCCGAACAGCAAGACCAUGCAGAGUAA